GGCUUCUCUGGCUCUCAAUUUGUUUUUCUCUCUCUGCAUCUCGCAAACCCUUUUCCUUCAUCCAUCUAAAGCCCUUUCUUUUUUUGUCCUCCUCGCUCUACAUCUCUUUCAGUCUAUGUGUGUACCAAGCAGACUCCUCCCUAAAUCCCAGCUUGGUUUGUUUCUCUGAGUUCUUUUAGACUGAAGCCACUCCAGAACUCCACUGUUAGAGAUCACUCUACAACCAGGGAGUUUCAGCCACACGCACUACACAAGAAUGCCUUUAGGAGGAGGAAAUAAGUGUGGCUGCUGCCAGAAGACUGUGUACUUCGCUGAGGAAGUGCAGUGCGAGGGGAAAUAUUUCCACAAGUCCUGCUUUCUGUGCAUGGCAUGUAAGAAGAACCUGGACAGCACAACGGUGGCCUGCCAUGUGGAUGAAAUCUACUGCAAAUCCUGCUACGGCAAGAAGUAUGGGCCAAAAGGCUAUGGCUUUGGUGGGGGAGCAGGCACCCUGAGCAUGGACACAGGGGCACAUCUUGGAAUCAAACCUGAAGAGCAGGCAGCCCACCGCCCCACCAACAACCCCAACGCCUCAAAGUUGGCGACUAAGUUUGGCAGCUCAGAUGUGUGCCCGCGCUGCGCCAAGGCUGUGUAUUCUGCCGAGAAGGUGCUCGGAGGUGGAAAUUCCUGGCACAAGAGCUGCUUCCGCUGUAGCAAGUGUGGGAAGGGGCUGGAAUCAACCACUGUGGCUGACAAAGAUGGAGAAAUCUACUGUAAAGCAUGUUAUGCCAAGAAUUUUGGUCCAAAGGGCUUUGGUUUCGGCCAGGGGGCAGGAGCUCUGGCACAUGCUCAGUAGGGCUCAGGCCUCCUCGGACUCCUAAACAUUUGGACUGCAAAUCCCUGGAUUCCCCAGUCAACCUGUGUUUAAUCCUGCGAUCUCAUUCCAACUACUGGCAGAGGCUCACGCAGUGCACAGUUUACUUAUGUGCUUACCUUACCAGCGGCGUUAGCUGCUCAUGUUUUUUCUCAAAUGAGGUUAAUACUCUGCAUGAUACAUUUUUUUGUAACCACUGAGAGAACCAAGAUUUACCAGCUUGUUCAUUUUGGCCUAAUAAACUCCUUUUUUGCAAUUUGAAUAUA